AUGUUUCCCACUAACCCCAACCUCACCGUCGUCAAGGUCGACUACGACGACGACACAGCCCUCACCUCCGCCCUCUCCAACCACGACUUCCUCAUCAUAACCCUCUCCGCACGCGCCCCACCGACCCUCCACCCCCGUAUCGUGUCCUGCGCCGCGGCCGCCAAGAUCCGCUGGAUCAUGCCUAACUACUUCGGCUACGGCAUCGGUGAUCGCGCGCUCAGUGGCAAGGCUGACUUACCCACCAACUUCGAGCGCUACAUUGACGAUGUGAAGAGCACGCCAGGACUCGAUUACACAGCGCUUGUAUGCGGCUUCUGGUACGAAUUCAGUCUCGCAAUGGGGGAACCGUGGUUUGGCUUCCGGAUCCGCGAGAGGAGCGUGACGAUGUAUGGGGAUGGGAUGAAGAAAGUUAAUGUGAGUACGUGGGAGGCUUGUGGGAGGGCUGUUGCGGGGUUGUUGUCUCUUCCCGUGCAUUGUCAAGAUGCCACCGAUGGUGUCGCGUUAGAGAAGUGGAGGAACGAAGGUGUUUACAUAUCGUCUUUCCUGGUGUCCCAGCGCGAUAUUCUAGAUAGUUUACACCGGGUGCUCGGGACGCGAGAUGCGGAUUGGACGAUCAGAUAUGAGGAUGUGGAGAAGAGGUUUGGGGAUGGGAUGAGGGAGUUGGGAGAGGGGAAGAUGUUGGGGUUUGCGAAGGCGCUUUAUGCGGGGGUUUGGAGGAGUGAGGGGGCUGAUUAUGAGAGCAUAGGGGGUUUGGAUAAUGGGGUGUUGGGGAUGGAGAAGGAGGAUUUGGAUGGGGCGACGAGGAGGGCGGUUGAGAUGGCGAUGGGGCCGAUGGGGGAUGUUGAGGGACAGUUCAGGUAA